AUGAACGCAAACGCGACUAUCGGUGCCAACGACACCAACAAUAUGGAUACUACUGGGUUAAAUCCCGCGGGAAACGACGUUCUGCAAGUGAUCAGCGGCGGCGGUCUUUCAGCGCUCGAGGUUGUCGCUGCGUCUGGCGACACCUUUCCACCUCUGAAGGCGGCUGUCGCUGAGGUAUUAGCCAUCAUUGGGAUUGUUAAGAAAUUCAAGAUCAAUAAGAAGGAUUGGGCCACUUUUUCUGCGAGUUUCGUUGAGAAGAUGGCGGGAAUUGUUCAGGCUACCUGUCAAUACAACGAGAGUCAAAUCCUGUUGACGUUGCAACCCAAUUUCGAUAAUUUGAGAGGCAUUUUGGACAAUUUGAAAGAAGAAGUGAUCAAGAUCCAACAACAGAAUCCAUACAAGAGAUUGGCCAAUUUCAGAAAGGAUCAAGAAUAUAUUGCAGAUUUCCAGGUCAAACUAAAUGCACUUGUGAGUAUAUAUCAUACAUAUUCACCUUUCCAUGUCUGUCUCAGUGUUGAGGAAAGUUCACAAGAACCAGAUGUCAAGAGGGGUGUUUGGGAAGGUCCCAUAAUGACUGAGCCCAACAAAGAUGACAUGUCUAUUGUGAGAAGAAAUGUUGUUGAAAGGCCCACAACAACAAAAAAUGUGGCUCAGGCCAAUAUGUUUACUCAGGCACAUGAUUUUCAAAUUAAUGAUGGUGUCUUCAAUAAUACUAUCAAUAUGAGUGACAGCAGAGAAGUUCAGGCCAAAAUAGCAGAUAUACGAGAGCAGUCAAAUGCACAAAAAUGGCUGCAAGAGCUCAAGGCUCCAUCACAUGGCAAAGUAAGAGACAGGUGUAUGCCUGGGACCCGGAAGGAUGUGCUCACUCUUAUUAACACAUGGGUUAAUGAUCUGAAUGAGCCUAAUAUUUUCUGGCUUUCUGGCAGUCCUGGCUCUGGGAAGACAACAAUUGCUUCAACUGUGGUUGCUGAUUUUGACUGUCUCUCUGGGAAAUUCUUUUUCCGUCGUGAUGAGGCUGAGCUUCGGGAUCCAGACAACUUAUGGAGACGUAUUGCUUUGGACUUUUCUUCAGGAUCUAGUGAUUUUGGAAAGUCUAUCACUCAGGCAUUGGAGACUCAGAAAGCUGACAUCAGAGGCCUUGAUAUUUAUAUGCAAUUUGAGCAUCUUAUUGUCAAGCCUUUACAACAAGUUUUUGGGGCUGCUGUGGAGCCUUUUCUUGUUGUUGUUGAUGCUCUUGAUGAAUGUGAUUCAUAUGAGAAACUGCUGCCUUCAUUAGUAUCCUGGUCUCAUCUCUCUAAAUCUUUGAAACUCCUCAUUACAAGCCGCCAUUAUCUUAAGAUUCAGAGUAGACUAAGAUAUGUCAGUGUUUAUCAUAAUCUGAAUACUGGACAUGAGGUCUCUGCUCAGACUUAUGAUGACCUUGAAAAAUACUUUGUUGCAAGGUUUUCUGAGGCAAAUUGGUUGCCUCCAAAGUGGCCUGGUCCAGACAAAAUAUCAUUUCUUGUGAGAAAAGCUGCUGGACUAUUUGUCUGGGCUAAAUCUGCAAUGGAUUUUAUCUUGUUUGAUGGAGGUGAUCCUGAAGAGAGGCUAAAUAUCAUUUCUGCUCAUUCUGGAGAAGGAAUUGAUGUUGUUGACAUACUGUAUCAUCAGAUUAUUUCUGUUGCUUUGCAAGGUCUCAGAAAACCAGAGAAAACAAGUUUAAAGUUGGUUCUGGGUUCAAUAAUCAUUGCAAAGAAUCCACUUCGUAUCAAAGAUCUAACUGAGCUUCUGGAAGUAAAAGAUGUGUUACUAAAUUCAAUGCUGGGUAAACUCAGCCCAAUUUUAUCCAUCAGUGAUGCAGGUUAUUUGCGUAUUUGCCACCAGUCAGUGGCAGAUUUUCUUCUUGAUUUUGAGCACUCUCAAGACUUGUGGCUUGAUCCUCGAUUCUAUAGUCUCUGCUUUGCUUGGUCUUGUUUGAAACUUCUGAAUGCAAAACUAAGGUUUAACUUCUUUGAUCUAAAAACAUCCUAUAUUUUGAACAAAAACAUACCAGAGCUCAAUGACCACCUUGAGAGCAUCAAAUCUACAGCCUUAGAUCAUGCAAGCUACUUCUGGGCCAGCUAUCUGCAGGAGGAUUGUGAUAAAAUACUACAGCUGAAAUUUCAGGAAGCAUUGGAGACAUUUUUGAUGGUCCAUCUUUUACACUGGCUAGAAAUUAUGAGCUUGAUGGGAACUGUAAACCAUGCUGCUCAACUACUAUGGUCAGCUUCAAAUUGGAGCAAGGUUUCAAAACCUAGCUUAUCAGAUUUUGCAAAAGAUGCGAAUAGAUUUGUCAUGGAAUUUUUGGAACCAAUAUCUGAUGCAGCACCACAUAUUUAUUUGUCAGCACUGCCAUUUGCUCCACAAAGUUCAAAGAUCUCUUUGCAUUUUCUGAAGUUAUUUCAGAAGACAUUGACUGUGAAGAUUGGUCAAAGGGAACAUUGGUCAGAGAAAUGUUUCCUCAGACUUGUCGGCCAUGAUUCUUGGGUUACUUCAGUUGCAUUUUCUCCUGAUGGCAGGCACAUUGUCUCUGGAUCUCAUGACAAGACAGUCAGAGUGUGGGAUGCUCAAACAGGUCAGAGUGUCAUGGAUCCUCUCAAAGGCCAUGAUGAUUGGGUUACUUCUGUUGCAUUUUCUCCUGAUGGCAGGCACAUUGUCUCUGGAUCUGGUGACAAGACAGUCAGAGUGUGGGGUCAGAGAAAUGUUUCCUCAGACUUGUCGGCCAUGAUUCUUGGGUUACUUCAGUUGCAUUUUCUCCUGAUGGCAGGCACAUUGUCUCUGGAUCUCAUGACAAGACAGUCAGAGUGUGGGAUGCUCAAACAGGUCAGAGUGUCAUGGAUCCUCUCAAAGGCCAUGAUGAUUGGGUUACUUCUGUUGCAUUUUCUCCUGAUGGCAGGCACAUUGUCUCUGGAUCUGGUGACAAGACAGUCAGAGUGUGGGAUGCUCAAACAGGUCAGAGUGUCAUGGAUCCUCUCAAAGGCCAUGAUGAUUGGGUUACUUCUGUUGCAUUUUCUCCUGAUGGCAGGCACAUUGUCUCUGGAUCUGGUGACAAGACAGUCAGAGUGUGGGAUGCUCAAACAGGUCAGAGUGUCAUGGAUCCUCUCAAAGGCCAUGAUUCUUGGGUUACUUCAGUUGCAUUUUCUCCUGAUGGCAGGCACAUUGUCUCUGGAUCUGGUGACAAGACAGUCAGAGUGUGGGAUGCUCAAACAGGUCAGAGUGUCAUGGAUCCUCUCAAAGGCCAUGAUUCUUGGGUUACUUCAGUUGCAUUUUCUCCUGAUGGCAGGCACAUUGUCUCUGGAUCUGGUGACAAGACAGUCAGAGUGUGGGAUGCUCAAACAGGUCAGAGUGUCAUGGAUCCUCUCAAAGGCCAUGAUUCUUGGGUUACUUCAGUUGCAUUUUCUCCUGAUGGCAGGCACAUUGUCUCUGGAUCUGGUGACAAGACAGUCAGAGUGUGGGAUGCUCAAACAGGUCAGAGUGUCAUGGAUCCUCUCAAAGGCCAUGAUUCUUGGGUUACUUCUGUUGCAUUUUCUCCUGAUGGCAGGCACAUUGUCUCUGGAUCUGGUGACAAGACAGUCAGAGUGUGGGAUGCUCAAACAGGUCAGAGUGUCAUGGAUCCUCUCAAAGGCCAUGAUGAUUGGGUUACUUCAGUUGCAUUUUCUCCUGAUGGCAGGCACAUUGUCUCUGGAUCUGGUGACAAGACAGUCAGAGUGUGGGAUGCUCAAACAGGUCAGAGUGUCAUGGAUCCUCUCAAAGGCCAUGAUGAUUGGGUUACUUCUGUUGCAUUUUCUCCUGAUGGCAGGCACAUUGUCUCUGGAUCUGAUGACGAGACAGUCAGAGUGUGGGAUGCUUGUGACUCCUAUGAUAUACCACUGUUAA